GGCCUUACUGGCUCACACAAUGGACACCAGAUACGCACCGAUUUCAUUCUGACCAAAAAAGCCAACCCGGGUGACAGAUUCUCUGUGUACAUUGAGGCUGUAGCUAGCGACAUGUUUGGUGCGGGUGCCAAGGGCAUGAUAAAUCCACCCGACCCCUCUCGUUACUACUCAAUCACAAUGGCAGAACUUGCAGUUUUUGAUAGAGAUGUUUAUGCUCUCCUGAUGGACCUGACUGUCAUCUAUGACAGUGCAAAGCAUCUUCCGGAAGGUUCUGAGAGAGCCUAUCAUGCUCUCCAUACUGCCAACCACAUUGUCAAUGCUUGUGAGCCCUUCAAGAAGUCAACUUUCCCCCUGUGUCGAGCUAUUGCCAGAGAGUUUCUGAGUGAGAGGAACGGAGAGUCACAGCACACUAUUCAUGCCAUGGGCCACUGCCAUAUCGACUCGGCUUGGCUCUGGCCUUAUUCUGAGACCAUAAGAAAGUGUGGUCGUAGCUGGUCCUCUGUACUUAGACUGAUGGACGAGCAUCCUUCAUUCACAUUUGUGUGCUCACAGGCCCAGCAAUUUGAAUGGGUCAAGUCAAACUACCCAGUUCUCUAUGAGCGAAUCCUCCUCAAAGCUAAGUCAGGCCAGUUUAUUCCAGUCGGUGGAACCUGGAUAGAAAUGGAUGGGAAUAUCCCAAGUGGUGAGUCGUUUGUGCGGCAGUUUCUGCUGGGCCAAAAGUUCUUCAAGGAAGAAUUCGGCCACUACUGCAGUGAAUUCUGGCUACCAGAUACGUUUGGCUACUCGGCUCAACUGCCUCAGAUCAUGGUUGGCUCUGGCAUCAACUACUUCCUCUCUCAGAAACUGAGUUGGAGCCUCACCAACAAGUUCCCUCACCACACGUUUCUAUGGGAAGGCAUUGACGGAACUUGUUGUCUGGCGCACUUCCCACCCGCAGAUACCUAUGAAUCUUGUGCAGAUGUGAAAGAUGUCUUGAAGACUGUGUCUCAGUUUAGAGACAAGGGAAGGAGUAGGCAGAGCAUCCUCCUUUAUGGACAUGGAGACGGCGGAGGAGGACCAACGGAGGACAUGCUGCAGAAUUUGAAGAGAAUGGAGGAUGUAGAUGGACUACCAAAGGUGCUAAUGUCCAGUCCCCAGCAGUUUUUCAGUAGCUUAACGAGUGAAAAGGACAGGCUGUGCAAAUGGGUUGGUGAGCUCUAUCUGGAGUUACAUCGUGGCACAUACACUACACAAGCUAAGGUAAUCUAUUCUACUGUAUACCCCCAAAAUUGGUGGUUUAGCAGAUACACUUUGUAUGCGUGAGCAUAAUAUUUUUACACACAAUAAUGACGGUGUGAUGACCACCAAAUUAACCACCUGUCGAGGCAAAUCUGCCAAAAUGGCCACCAGUUAAAAUCCAACAAGUCACUAGUGCAAAUUGUCUUUGAAAUCUCUACAUAUGAAGCUAAAACUCGAGAACCGGAGAGGAGAGUUUCUGUUUCAUGAUGUGGACUUCAUGUGUGCAAUUGAUUACGUCUUAAACCGAGGUGUUGAGUCUGCCAAGUCCACUCGAGACCGUCUCCGUCCUCUGUGGAAGAAGUUUCUGCUCAACCAAUUCCACGACGUUCUUCCUGGUAGCUGUAUUGAGCAGGUUGUGAAAGAUUCACUUGCCUACUAUAAAGAGAUAAAAGAUGGAGCGAAUUCUGUAUUAAGGUCUAAGCUCGAUGCCGUAAUUAACAAGGUAUGGAAGAAUCGAGAUCACGAUCAGAUGGGAGAAACUUGUCUAGUAGUCAACUCAUUUGGUUGGGAGAAGCGAGAAAUUGUUAGCCUUCCACAGCAGCUUGCCCAGGAACCUGAGGCCAAGAAAGCCAAGUUAAACGGCGCACAGAUUCUGCAGGUCCAAACCCAGAUAGCCUUGGUUGAUUGUGUUCCUUUUGGGUUUCAAGCCCUGGAGAUCUGCCAGCCACAGGCUCCAGUCACACUCGCUGAGGGGCCAGAUGGGGAUAUAAUCAUACUGGAAAAUGUGCACCUGAGAGCCACACUGAAGACUGGAGUCCUAACUUCACUUGUACUCAAACACAGCGGAACUGAGAGGGAAUCAAUUGCACCAAAGUCUAGUGGGAGUAAGUUUGUGAUGUUUGACGAUGUGCCUCUGUUCUGGGACGCAUGGGAUGUGAUGGAGUACCAUCUGGAGACCCGAGAGCCACUGUCAGUGCCCGGUGGAGGUGUGAGUGUUCUAGAACGUGGUCCUCUCAGAGCCUCUGUCCAGGUGAAGGUUCCCAUCAGUUCACACAGUCACAUCUUGCAGCAGAUCAUUCUGGAUGCCGACUGUCCGUACCUACGAUUUGAGACCACUGUUGAGUGGCAUGAGAACCGCAAGUUCUUGAAGAUAGAGUUUCCUCUGAACGUUCGCAGCCACGAGGCCACCUAUGAAAUUCAGUUUGGACACCUGCAAAGGCCCACUCACUUCAACACCUCGUGGGAUCAGGCUCGCUUUGAAGUUUGCGCCCAGAAAUGGGCUGACUUGUCAGAGCAUGGGUUUGGAGUGGCCGUACUGAAUGACUGCAAGUACGGCCACUCUACACUGGGCAACAUCAUGAGGCUCUCCUUGUUGCGAGCCCCCAAAGCUCCAGAUGCUACAGCCGAUAUGGGCACCCAUCAUUUCACCUAUGCCAUUAUGCCACACCAUGGGGCAUUUCAAGAAGCUGGAGUUAUACAUGAGAGCUACAAUCUGAACCACCCUCUUUCGGUUACCAGCUCCACACUUUUUGGUGAUCCAGUGUCAUUUUUCACCACUGACAAUCCAGCAAUAAUCCUGGAGACAGUGAAAACAGUGGAGUUAGUAAGCUCUACUAAGGCUAUUGUAGUAAGGCUGUAUGAGGCCUUUGGGAGUCAGACAAGUACCACUCUCACUAGCACACUGCCCUUCAAAGCUUCUCAGAGGUGCAAUUUGCUGGAGGACGGCACAGGAGCAUUGGAGGCCUGGUCUGGGGAACUCAGCAUCGACUUUGAACCCUUUAAAAUUGUGAAUAUUCUUCUCUACUUUUAAUCAGUUUGGAGAGAUUAAAUUGGGAUUUUGACAAAGGUUACAAUUGAAAAAUAGUCAGCGUAAGAGACCGCAAAAGAUGGAGGGAACAGCAGAAUACUCGAUAGAAUAUUGCCUCAAUGAAUAGAACUUUCUCUUCUUCACCACGCAAUGUAU